AGGCAUGUCACACAUUCCGAUCGGAAUGGUUUUCAUUCCGUAUUUUCAAAUCCGAUCGUUUUUGUUUUUCGUUCUUCAGAUUCCGAUCGAUUUUGUUUAUUCCCAAAAACUGAAAAAUCUAAUUUUUCAACAUAAGUAUGGUAGCGUUGUUCAAACCAAAACAAAAAACAUAUGGUUAUUGAGUAAAAAGUAAAACAAAAAUAAACAAGAACAAAGGCGCUAACAUAAAAAUUUAUCAUUAAAAUGGACAAAAUCAAAAAUUUUCAUUAAAAAUGCCCGGAAUUUCAAUUGUUGCUGUGUUAAAUGACCAGAGACGUCAAGAUGCGGUUGAAAAACUACGACGAAAAACCUUAAGGGAUGCAUCUGAUCCCCUUUCAUAUUCAAGUGCAGUUUUUAUUAGUUAUUAUCGCCUCAGUAAGGAUGCUUUUGUAAUGGUUUUGGAUAAAAUUAGUCCACACCUAAAAGGGUCUGAAAUUCCACCAAUCAUUCAAUUGUCAACUACACUACGAGUUUUAGGUACUGGGUCAUUUCAGGGCGUUAUAGCUAAAGAUAUGGAUAUCAGUCUAGGAAGAAGUACGGUAUCAACACUGAUGUGGAAAGUUAUAAAUGCUAUAGAAAAUAUAAUUUGUCCGCUUUGGAUAAAACUUCAAAUGUCGGAGGAAGAAAUUCGAAAUUCAAAAGCUUACUUUUUUCAAAAAUUUCAAAUCCCGGGAGUUAUAGGAUGCAUUGAUGGGACGCACGUUAAACUGCUUAAGCCAUCUGAAGAUGCAUCUCUAUAUUUAAACAGAAAGGGAGCGUUUAGCAUUAACACCUUGAUUAUAUGUGAUUAUAAAAUGCAAGUGAGAGCUGUGGAUGCUUGCAGACCAGGUUCUUGCCAUGAUUCUUACAUUUGGCAUAUGAGUAGAGCAAGAAAUUUUUUCUUCAACAAUUAUUGUAACGGAAAUAAAAAUAAUUGGCUAUUAGGCGAUUCUGGGUAUGGUUUGGAGCCAUAUUUAAUAACCCCAUACAAAAAUGUAGUCGCUGGAACCACACAGCACAAAUUUAAUGCAAAACAUGCAUCGGCCCGUAAUAUUGUGGAACGUACCAUUGGGGUAUUAAAAAGCCGAUUUAGGUGUUUACUGGGUACAAUGCGGUAUACACCACUCAAAACUUCUCAGAUUAUUAACGUUUGUUGUGCCAUCCAUAACAUUUGCAGAAGAUACAAUGUUGAUUGUGAGGAAGUUAUAACGUCGACCGAGUCCGAAGAAAAUGAUUCACAACACGAAGGAGAACAAUCUGAAAGAGAAAUGUUCAGAGUUGGGCAACGAAUACGGGAAAAUAUUGCUACCCAGUUAAAUUAAAACAUUUUUCUUUUUAUUAAUAAAUUCAUUUAUUAAAUACAUUAAAUGCAAAUAA